UUGUCGAUGAAAUGAAGCUGUCAAAAACAGUUGCAUUUAAUCGUCAAAACCUGAUAGUUGAAGGUUUUACGGAUCUUGGGAAAUAUACACCGGAGCAUCAAAAAUCUGUUAAAGGGGAUCAUGCUCUGGUUAUGAUGUUUCAACCUUUCAAGGGUAAAUGGGUGCAAACCUUAGGAUAUUUUCUGAGUAAAGGGAGCGCAAAUGGCACAGUGCUACAUCAAAUAAUGACGGAGGCAAUCAUUCUUGCUGAAAGGGCUGGAUUAUGAAUAUGUGGGAGAAGUUUGGAGUAAACGGAAAAAACGUUAGUGUCGAGCACAUUGUAGAUCCAAAUCGACGAUUGUGGUUUUUUCGGAUUUCCCGCAUUUAAUUAAAUGUUUACGAAACGCUUUUUCGAAACAUGAAAGAUAUGAUCGUAUUUGGGUAUAGUAUAAAUAAAAAUAAAAAAUGAAUGUGUAAAUGCAAUAAUAUUAAUAUCUGACUACGUAUAUUUAUGACUUCUAUCGUGUAUGUUGCGUAGACACCAGAUGGAUUCGUGUCACUGAAUCAUUGGUAUGCUCUACUCGAUAUUCAAGAUCCAUCAGCAUAUAGCAUGUCAAUUAAUUAUAAGUUAACCGAAUAGCACAUCAAACCACAGUUUUAUAAAAACAUGAACGUUGCUUUAGCUUUUCAAGUGAUAAAACAAAAUUUUCAUUGUUUGUAACCACUCGCAGUUCUUAACUAUCUUAUUCUUUUUUUAGUUUUUUGGUGUUGCUGAGGCAAUGACUAUCUUGAGAGAUGAACAUCCGAAUUUACGUGAUUGCGACGGAACUAUAAAGUUCUGCAGUAGAGUAAAAUCUUUGAUUACAGCGAUGAAUUGUAGAACACCAGCAAAUGCAUUAAAGCCCGGAAACGCCAUGUGGAAGAGCAUAGAAAGUUUCCUGCAAUUUUUAGAAGAAUGGGAAGCAGAAGCCAAAGAUAAAAAAGAUAAUUUUGAAUUCAUCACUGAACAAACGUGCUACGGCUUAAAAGUUUCGUUAAAAGGUGCUCUCGAAAUUUGCAACUAUCUCGUUAGCGAAUGUAAUUUUAAAUAUUUGAUGACAGCGAGACUUAACCAAUUUUAUUUCUAAGAAAUAUUUAUAUUUCCAGUGGAUGCAAUGAUCAUCCCGAUUCAGCAAUCUUUCUUCAAAUGUACAAGCUCGUAUCGACAUAUUCUUUAAUUAAACCUCCAAAAGGAUCAAACGUUACCGGCAGUGAUCUCAUUGGCGUACUUGUUAUGGUAUUAAAGACAUUCCGAAGAUUGAUGAACGAAAACAGCAGUGGAACGAUCAGCUUGAUACAAUUUUGGAUAAGGGAUUAAACGUUGACAAAAUUUGCGAUGCAUCUCUUCACUUAGAUGAUCACGAUUAUUUUCAUUGUACAAUAUCAGAUUAUAUAUUGGCAUAUAUUUAGAAACGGGUGCGAAUCGGGAUUCUCCAGGUUCGCAGAUAACUCGCCGGCUCGAUAGGGUGUCGUAAUAAAUGCGAAGUCAAUUUAAUAAAAUAUAAGACUCUUUAUUCAGCUCAAACUCUCUCUCUCUUAUAAGCUCUGAUGCGUGUCGCUCGUUCGAAGCACCAGAGCGUUCUCUUGUUCUAACAUGGCGCUCGAGCCCCGCCGCGUCGCCUGAUCGCCACCUAUCGUGGCGGCUCGGAGGGGGCGCCGCGGAGCGGUGGUGGCCGGAAAGCGCGACUGCUUAAGUGAAGUCGGGCCUGGGGACCAGGCGCUGUUUCCGUCGGUGGCUCCGGUGGUGGUCGGCGGGAGCCCCCACAUAUAUCGCUGGAUUUGUCGCUCGAAGAGCAAGUCGAUUUGCUGCAAUGAAAACUAAAAAAAAAUUAAUCUGUCAGCUGCGAAGAAUGUUUGUCAUCAUUACGUUUGGGUGCAAAUGACACUUCUCCAGAAUAUUAUAAACUCAUCGAAAUGCGAAGUCGUGGUUACUUAAUUAAACCAUCCGAAAAAUUGUUUAAAUUAAUAUCAAUUUUGGAACGAGCGACGUUGCAAGUGAUGAAUACGGGAGAAGUUAGCGCGGAUACUAUUUUUAAAAUUACUGAUGCUCUCGAGAACUUGGAAAUUCCUCUUCCCUUGCUUGGAUGCGAAGAACAUCAAAUGAGUUUCACUCAUAAAAUAGUUUCUUUCUUUUUAACCACGCGCAUGUUUUUUAUAACGAAACAAGCAAACAAAAAUGACAAUAUUGAAAAAGAAAAAUCAAAAGAGAAUCGUAAAUUAUCCAAUCUAGUCAACGUAUCAAAUAAACAGAGGGGAGACGAAAUUGUGCUUGAAAAUCACGAUGAGCGAAUUAAAGAAAAAAAGCCAAGAAAACGAAAUAAUAAUAAUAAAAUUACUCAUUCCAAUACAAGAAAAUCAGGAACAAAAAAAUUACCGUCAAAAAAGUGACUUGUCAACUGAGUAGUUUUUUUUUAAUUGUUAAAUAA